AACGGUAAAGAGGAUUCUGAGCGCACGCGUGGCCUCUCAAGCCCUCCCCCGCCCCCAUUAGCCACCGCGGGCGGUCCUUCCCCCCUUCUCCCUCCCCGCCUCUUCCCUCCCCCACUGUCUUCCAGCGCUCGAGCACGUCACCCUCCCUUGGGACAGAAGGUUCUACUGGAGCCUCCAGAUUGGGAGACUGAGACCAAGAGCUGGAAGGCUCUUCCCUGGGGUCACUGACCCCACCUCCCUGGCACAGCGGACAUCAGCUGACCCAGACCCCAGCCCUGUCCAUCCUGACCCUCGGCCGACCAUGAAGAAGCCCCGAAAGGAAAGCAGCCAGAAGGGAAGGGAGCAAAUCGGCCUGGGCACCGACUCAGGGACCCCCGGCCUGGCCGUGUACCAUCUGUUUGGGGAUGCCGAGGUCGCCGGCUUCCGCGCCAGCCUCCUUAGCUGGUAUGACCGGGCCAAGCGCGACCUGCCCUGGCGGAGGAGGGCGGCCGCAGAGCCGGACCCAGACAGGAGGGCCUACUCCGUCUGGGUGUCUGAGAUCAUGCUCCAGCAGACCCAGGUGGCCACAGUGACCGGCUACUAUACCAAGUGGAUGCAGAAGUGGCCGACGCUGCAGGACUUGGCAGGGGCGACCUUGGAGGAGGUGAACGAGCUGUGGGCCGGCCUGGGCUACUAUUCGCGGGGCCGGAGACUGCAGGAGGGCGCACGCAAGGUGGUGGAGGAGCUGGGGGGCUGCGUACCCCGAACGGCAGAGAUGCUGCAGAGGCUGCUUCCCGGGGUGGGGAGGUACACGGCCGGGGCCAUCGCCUCCAUCGCCUUCGGCCAGGCGACUGGCGUGGUGGACGGGAACGUGAGCCGAGUGCUGUGCCGCACGCGAGCCAUUGGGGCCGACCCGGGCAGUCCCCUCGUCACCCAGCAUCUCUGGAGCCUGGCCCAGCAGCUGGUGGAGCCGGCCCGGCCGGGGGACUUCAACCAGGCGGCCAUGGAGCUGGGCGCUACAGUGUGCACCCCCCGCAGCCCCCUGUGCCCGGAGUGCCCCGUGCGGGACUUCUGUCGGGCCCAGAAGAGGGUGGAGAGGGAGCACGAGCAGACGGCUCGGACGUCGCGGGGCAGCCCGGAGCGGGGGACGCCCCUUGACGUGGAGGAAUGUGCCCCCAAGAAUGCCGCCCCGUGCCCUCUGUGCCUGCCCCCUGCGCAGCCGUGGCGCCAGGACCUCGGCGUGGCCAACUUUCCCCGCCAGCCUGCCCGCAAAGCCCCCCGGGAGCAGCGGGCGGCCGUCUGUGUCCUUCAGCAGCCGGGCUCUGAGAGCGGCCGCUUCCUCCUGGUGCAGAGGCCCAAGUCAGGCCUCUUGGCCGGCCUCUGGGAGUUCCCCUCCGUGCAGGCCGAAGGCCCCGAGGCCGUCCAGCGCCAGGCCCUUGGGAAAGCCCUGAGGACCUGGGUGGAUCAUCCCCUUCCCCUGAGGAGCCUGCGGCACCUGGGCGAGGUGGUCCAUGUUUUCUCCCACAUCCGACAGACCUACGUGGUGUAUGGCCUGGCCCUGGCAGAGCCCCUCCAGGGCCUCCCCCCCCCAGGUGCCCGCUGGGUGACCCGGACUGAGUUCCAGGCCGCAGCCGUCCCCACAGCCAUGAAAAAGGUUCUCCGGCUGUUUGAGGGCCAGCGCUCAGGCCGAGGGAAGGCCUCCAAAAGGUCCCCAGGUCCUGCUGCUUCCGGCCGCCAGCUGACCCUCAGUGCCUUUCUCAAGCCAACUUCUACCCCCUGACUGGCCCCACGGCCAGGCCCCAGGCAGCUGCCCCUUUCCCUUCCCUCCCACCUGGCUGCAGGUCAGCAAUGAGAUUCUUGUUGUGUAAAUAAAGCUGCUUUUUUAAAAGA